AUGUCGUCCAACAGUGAGCAGAACUGCGAGGUGCAGCUGGCGGCCGAAAUCGAGGUGCUGAAGAGUGCGCUGGCAGAUAAGCACUCGCAGCUGCUGGCGAUGGAAAGCGCCUGUCUGCAGGAGAGUGACCGGCAGGUCGAGCUGGAGGAUAGCAUCAUCGCCUGGCAGGACAAGUACGAGCGGCUGUACGAGUCGCACAAGCGCGUCCAGAAGCUGAACCAGAACCUGGAGGACAAGCUGCUGAAGCUGGUCGAUCGUAACUCGGGCGAACGGGCGCAGCUGACGAGCGAUGUGGCGACGCUGAGCGUACGGUUGGCCCAGGCCAACUACAACAUCCAGAGCCUGAAGCGGGAAAUUGAGCGCUACAAGACCGACAUCAGCGUUGCGAUACAAUUGCUACAGUGUAAACCGGACAGCUUCGUAUCGCCUAAACUUUCCUCGCUUCCAAUCGAAAUACAAUCGAAGGUGGCCACGUACAUGCGCCUCGACACGAACUCACACUCGGACUCGGAGGGCAGCACGAGCGGCGUUGGUAUGGCCACCACCAACGCUUACCACGUGCUGCCGGCCUCCGACAGUCCACCACCCAUCUGUCCCUUCCCCCCGACCGCCAUGGUCUAUUCCAUGCGAGGGCUUGGUAAGUGUUAG